GUCAGUCCACAGGGAUUCCCUCUCCAGCCAAUCGCAUCUGAGCAACGGGUCUGCCCCUAACAAAGAUGGCGCAGGAGGCCGCUGUCAGGGCAGAUUAAUCUUAGCACGCGAACCCGCCGCGGACAGCGAAGACAGAGGUAGCGGCGCGGCCCGGACCAUGGAGGAGGGCGGCAGCGCUGGCAGCGGUGGCAGCGACAGCAGCACCAGCGGGAGUGGCGGGGCGCAGCAAAGGGAACUGGAGCGCAUGGCUGAGGUCCUGGUCACUGGGGAGCAGCUACGGCUCAGGCUGCAUGAAGAAAAGGUUAUUAAAGAUAGACGACAUCAUCUGAAAACCUACCCAAACUGCUUUGUGGCAAAAGAACUGAUUGACUGGCUGAUUGAACACAAAGAAGCUUCCGACAGAGAGACGGCGAUUAAACUCAUGCAGAAAUUAGCAGACCGGGGCAUUAUUCAUCAUGUGUGUGAUGAGCAUAAGGAAUUCAAGGAUGUCAAACUCUUCUACCGCUUUAGAAAGGAUGAUGGCACCUUCCCAUUGGACAAUGAAGUGAAGGCCUUCAUGAGAGGACAGAGGCUAUACGAGAAGCUGAUGAGCCCUGAAAACACACUCCUGCAGCCCAGGGAGGAGGAAGGGGUCAAGUAUGAGCGCACUUUCAUGGCAUCUGAAUUCUUGGAUUGGUUGGUUCAGGAAGGUGAGGCCACCACAAGGAAAGAGGCAGAGCAGCUUUGCCACCGGCUUAUGGAGCACGGCAUCAUACAGCAUGUGUCCAACAAGCACCCGUUUGUGGACAGCAAUCUUCUCUACCAGUUCAGAAUGAACUUCCGUCGGAGGCGGAGACUGAUGGAGCUGCUCAAUGAAAAGUCUCCCUCUUCCCAGGAAACCCAUGAUAGUCCUUUCUGCUUGAGGAAGCAGAGCCAUGACAAUCGGAAAUCAGCCAAUUUUAUGUCAGUCAGCCCCAGCAAGGAGAUCAAGAUUGCGUCUGCGGGGAGGAGAAGCAGCAUGAGCAGCUGCGGCAGCAGCGGCUACUUCAGCAGCAGCCCCACGCUCAGCAGCAGCCCCCCUGUGCUCUGCAACCCCAAGUCUGUGUUAAAGAGACCUGUCACUUCUGAGGAACUCCUAACUCCUGGGGCUCCGUAUGCAAGGAAGACAUUCACGAUUGUUGGUGAUGCAGUUGGCUGGGGCUUUGUGGUGCGAGGAAGUAAGCCGUGCCACAUCCAGGCCGUGGACCCCAGCGGCCCCGCAGCCGCCGCUGGGAUGAAGGUUUGUCAGUUUGUCGUCUCCGUAAAUGGGCUCAAUGUGCUGCAUGUAGACUACCGGACCGUGAGUAAUCUGAUUCUGACGGGCCCAAGGACAAUUGUCAUGGAAGUCAUGGAGGAGUUAGAGUGCUGAGCAAGUGGACCUCCCAGCCCCUUUAGUGGCCUGUGGAUGAUCAAAGCCAGGACAUCACAAAGCAAGGCAAUGAGACAUUCAUGCAAAGGGAUGGCUUUGGGCAAAUGAACCUUUCUCUGUACAUGCACAUCUCAAUUUGAGUUUCAAACACUGUUUGAAUGUGGAAGAACCAGGUAAUGCAUCUUCAAAAAAAUUAUGUCAACAUAGAAAACAUUUGGGAAACAGAAUUUUCCUAUGUGGUAGAAUUGCCUUACCGAAUUUCUAUUUGUAGUUCUCAAUUUGGUUUGUGGAAAUUUCUUGAAAUGCUUCUCUUGCCAAAAAACCAACAUGCUAAAAUUCCCUUCUUGGAAAUUGAUAGACCAAUUUUUACAGACUUAAAAUGUACUCUUACCAAAAAUUAACAUGGAAUUGUUUAAUAGAGAAUCUAGAUUUCACCUAGCUUCAAAUUAAAGAAUGUGACCUGUUAGUUAGCAUUUUGAAGAAGUUUCUAAAGCAUUCAAGUGCUUAAAAGCCAUCAAAAAUUAUUUUUUCUUACAUCUUGCUUUUGAUAGCGACUUUUAACUUCGUUUUCAGUUAUGGCAUUAACUUAAGAAACAAAACAAAACUCAGUGAUGCUAUGGGGUGGGGAUGGAUCAGGAGAUGCUACUUUAAAUUGUGUGCCCCCCUAUUUUAUUUUUCUGAGCCUAAAUCACUUUUAUCUUUAAACCAGCUAUAACAGCUUUCUAGAAUUAAUCCUAAAUGUGUUGAAUGUAAAAACAGGAAAAUUUGGGUAUAAACAUACAGCUGGAAAUCAAGCUUUCUGCAGGAUUUCACUUGCAAGGUAUUCCUUUUUCCACUUUUGAGCCAAUUAUGGUCUAGAACUUGGCCCAUAUGUGAUAAAACCUGAAACUCUAAAUUGCCUUCAUGGCCUGAAGUUUUACUAGCUUUCUGAUGUAACAUGUUGUAACAACAUGUCAUGCUGCUUAUUGGUUAGGUUGGGAGGAGGUAGGUAUUUUUCUCCCCAAAUCACCAGCUUGUGUUGUAGCUUUUCAGCUCAACUUGUAUACAUGCUUGUUAUCUUUUUUAAUCUAGAAAAGGGUGCAUUUGAGGCUUGGUAUAUAGAGGAAAUUCCUCAAAGUGCCAAAUUAAGGAGUCAGGGAAUGUUAAAUCCGUCUUAAUAUCGUAUAAUGAAUUCUGAAUGACCAGGUUCCUUUCUUAACACAUUAACAAAGUAAAACACGUAGGCUGUACCUCAGUCAUUUCUUUGUGAUAGGUUAUCAUAGUGUAUUGGUACUGGUGGAAUAGACAUACCAUGCUAAAAAAUGUUAUAUAAAUUCAACUUUUCUGAUCUGGGAAAUCAGAGAAUAGGAUUUGAAAGUAAUACAGAAUGUGUAACAUUAAUCCUGUCCAUCUACAUUUGAGAAAUAUUGUCUCCUUGUGUGUGCAUUUCUACUGUAAGAUAGGUUCAGUGCUACAACAUUUGACAUUUAUUAUCUCCUUUCAUCUUCACAACUCUGCAAAGUAUGAGGGUGUUAUCACCCUCGUUUUUCAGAUGUGAAAACUAAGUCUCAGCCGGAUUAACACUGGUCCCUAAGUUCACACGCUGCAAGGACCACUACGUGACAUGGUCUGGAUUCAAACACAUGUCCGUUUAAUGCUAGAGCCCAAUGCCUUCCCCCUCAAUUUAGGGAACUUAGAUUGAGGACUUCUUGUGUGCCCGGAACUGAGCUAAGCACUUACUUGGUUUAUCGUUAUUGACCUGCGAGUCAAUACCAUCGUUAUCCCCAUUUUACAAAUGAAGAAACUGCCUCAUAAAGAGGUUAGUCAGGUGCCCAAGGUCACACAUCUAGUAAGUGGGAGACCUUCCCACUCUUCUUCAAAAGUUUUUUAUAACAUCUUCAAAAGAUGAGUCUUAAAGGCUUUCUGUUCCCAGAUAUUCAUUAAUUUAUAAGAAGAAGGAACUCCUUUCCAGAAAUGGUAUCUUCUUGGCUGCUACUGCUACUUUCUUCUCACGUCCCAGUGCCCAUUACCUUGGACCCUGGCAUAACAUCACUGCCACAUAACUAAACUAAGCACCAGAGAAGCUUCUCUUUACUCCACACAGCCUCCUGCCCUAUGAAGUUUCAUUGAAUCAGAGGAUUUCACUGAUGCCCAGCCAUUGGUCAAAUGUAAACUAAGGGGGGAAAAAAAAGCAACGUUCCUUCCUUCAGCUUCCACACCCUCAGUUUAAAGUCCAAAUGCCAGAGGAUACUAAGUACUUAGGGUCAAGAGAGAGCUUUCCUUGGCCAACCCUGCAGCCCACCCCAGCAGCUUCACACUGUAAUUAGAUCGGCUUCUCCUACUUUCCUAGGGGCCUUGUCUUGCUCCCUUUGGCCAUCGCAUGUGCAGUUUCUCUCCCUGGAAUGUUCUUCCUUCUUUCUCUUUGCCUGGAAUUUUUUUCUUCUUCUUCUUAACUCCUCUUAGAUAUUUUCUCUUCUGAAAAGCCUUUGCCAGCUUCCCAGUUCUGGGAUUGAUGCCAUUUCUCUGCAUUCCCUUGUAGCCUUGUGCCUGCUCCCCACCCCUACCCCCACAUUAUAGCAUUAUAGCACUGAUGACAUUUCCUUUGGAGCUGCCCCAUUACAUGUCUCUCUCCCCCACUACACUCUAAGCAUCACUGUAAGCACUCAAAGGGACUGUAUCUUGUUACCCAGGGUAUCUAUUUCCCUCUUCUAGCACAGUUCCUGACACAGAAAAAUACAUCAGCUCUCCAUUGCUGCCUAACAAAAUUACCCCACAACAUGGCAUAUGGCAACACCAUUUAUUUGCUCUGGAUUCUGUGGUUUGGCAGGGAGGGCAGAGCUCCACUGGGAUGGCCGCCACUGCUGCAUGUGGGGUUGGCUGGGUUCACGCAUAUGUUUGUGGUCAGUCAGCUGCUCGUUUCCCCUUAGCUAUCCCAGGCUUCCUCAUUAGGUCUAUGAAAUUUUUGUCAAAUGAAGAGGGUAAGAGUGGAAGCCGCAAGGUCUUUGGGACUUGCUUAGAAGUGACACAGCGCCACUUCCAUGGCCAAAGCAGUUCACAAGGCUAACUCAGAAGCAAGUGGUGGGGAAAUAGACUUUACCUUUUGAAAAGAGGAGCUGCAAAGAAUUUGUGGCCAUUUUAAUAGUACCAUUUUCAUAGUACUCUAUUUGUUGCAUAAAGGACCAAGGAGAUACCAAGUUAUUAAAAAGUUUCAGGAAUCCAGAUGCAAAUUACUGACCAAUGACUGGGUAGCAGUGUAAUAUUAGGUUGUGGAUAAAGUCCGAUGCCAAAUGAGACUUCAAAGUCAGAAAAUUCUGAAAUGAUAGUGGCUACAUGGGGCCAUGGAGAGUACGGUUUAGUCUUUUUAUUUACUGAUGAGGAAACUAAGGCAUGGAAAUGUCAAGUGGCAUGCCCAGCCUUCUGAGGCUUCUUAGGGCCAGAACCUGGGCCAAAUGCCAUCCUUCUUCCUUCCAGACCCAUAGUUUUUACACUAUUACUGCAUUCAGUGAAGUUAUGAUAAUGCAGUGAAAAUAGGCCUUUGGCUUUAGGGUAUUUAUAAAAUGAAAGUGGUGUCAUGUAUCUGUGAAAGGAAGAGAGAGUUGACCUGCUUUAAAAUUUUAAAAUCCUGUUCUUAAAUGUAACACCAAGAACUGCCCUCAGUUAGCAAUAAGUAAUGUUUCUAAGAGCUUUUAUUUCAUAUGUUUGUGUGUGCCUGUCUGUAAAAUCUUCAAAUAGCUCAGUGUAUUAUGUGUAUUGUGAGGUUGUACUCAUUGAGAACCUCUGAAAAGGCUUUUUCUGCCCCCUUAAAAAAUAUUUUUGAUUUUGCAGGUGUUUGUGAGAUGUGUUUGUGUUUGUGAUGAAGAUGGAAGUAGUUUUUUUUUCCCCUACAUUAGCAUAGUGUGUGUUAUCAGUGCAAAUUUGAAAGGCACUGUUUGUUAAUUCUAUUAUGGAGAGAUAAAUGAAGUUGCCUUUAGGUUUGAUCCUAUUAUCUGAUGUUUUAUUAUUAAUCUCUGUUGAUUAUUAUCUAAAUUGAUUAGGGUGCUAAUUGUGAAAUGGUGGGUAACAUCAAAACAAUUCCCAUCUUGAGUAGAUGAAAUGUGAUCAACUUCACACCGUCUUAUAACAGGUGACUGUGUUGGAGUGGUAGAAAUUAAUAUUUUAAAAGUCACAGUUUUUCACUUCAAAUUGGAAUCUUACAUUUCCAAAAGUCAUUCCUUUCAAAUGUGUUGUGAAAAUAAUCUGCUUUCAAGACCCAUUUUAAACUGAUGGUAUUAAUUAUUCCCUCUUGCUGAGUAUUAAUCUUAUUUUGUUUUUGAUUGUAAAUGAUCAGAAACUCCAGAACAUUUUGGUUUUGCUAAUUGGUUCAUCUAUUGAUGUUUUUGAUUAUGGUUUUACUCAUUUAUGUCAGAAUUUCAGGUGUAAUAUGUUUUUCCUCAGUUGUAUACCAAAAAGGACAAAUCUGCAGUGUACCAAAAUGAAGUUUAUCUUCAAAGUUAUCAUAUGGUAUUAUAAAAUGCAUUAAUAUAUGUGCUUAAUAUAUGUUUAUUUUUAAAUUAGUUGAGAUUUAUUUGCUUCCUUUAUUAAAAAAUUGUAACAGAAUACUGGAAAUUAUAGUACGAAAUAGGUAGUAUAGCAUGAAAUAAAUGUGAAAUUUUUUAAAACAAUGACUUUAGGUUUUCAGCUUUUCCUGUCUUUUUCAAACAGAUUAGCCAUUUUUUUUAAUCCUAAGAAACAGUUGCAUUGUAAAGUUGGUCUAAUAACAUACCAGAGAAAACACAUGGGAUUCAUAUCUAAUUCUCUACAGUAGCCAAAAGUGCCAUUUGUAAAACUGCUUAAUGAUGGAUGUUUUCUGAAGCUCUUUUGCCUGAAAAAAAUGCAUUAAAAAUCUUUUUCUGUA